AUGGGCAACAUUGGCAUUAGCAACUUGCUUCAUGCACAGUCAGCGCCUCUGUUAGCGCGCUUGGGAGCACGGAGAGCAGACGGCAAAACGGUGCACCUUCAGACGUCUGGCGGUGAUUCUGCCGAGGCCCUUCAGGCUUCCUCUCGCGGCCUAGCUGCGUGGAGUGCCGCUCUGUCCCGGGGUCUGCUGCCGGACGACUCCACCCUUCAGCAGCUGGUGGCCGAGGGAGAUGACUUCGCCGCCGCAUGCGCCCACUCCCCCCUGGAGCUGCUGUCCUGGCCCGAGGAGCCCCUGCGGACCAUGAUGAUCAGGGCGCUGGCCAAGCUGGGUGUGGGAAGGCUGUGUAAGAAGUACCCCGCUGUGCGUGACGCGCUGCUCAAGAGUGUUUUGGAGACGGUGGUGCGAUAUCACAGAAUGCUGGCGGGCAUUGAGGAGGAGAAGGAGGAGCGGGAGAAGGACAUCCACGGCAACGUGUUCAAGACCGCGGCUGAGCUCCAGGCUGAGGAGGAGGCCCAGCGAGCUGCCACGCGGGGUGGGGGCCACGGGCAUGGCGGCAAGGCCGUCGCCGCGCCUGCCGUACUGUCUCCCGCAGAGGUCACUGCUGCGCGGCUCCGCGCCGCCGCCGCCGCCGCCUCAGCGUCCGGCGCCUCCCCUGAGAAGGCCACCGCCUUUGCCCUGGUUAAGGAACUGUACGGGCAGUGGCAGGCGCCCGUGGAGACCCUGGGUCGCGCCGGGAGGGCGUUUGAGGGGCUGGAGGCGCUGCUGGGGGCGGACGGGUUCGAUCUGGAGGGCAGCAUUUGGAAGAGACAGGGCUGGGCGCAGCUGGACGAGCUGAGGCGCAAACUUGAGGACCUUAAGGAGCUCCGAGACCUGGUUCGCAGCCUGGGUCGGGGCGGGGGAUGGGGCCCGCUUAGGCGGGCGCCCGUGCAGUAUCUGGAUCUGAAUGCUCGGCCAGGUCUCCUUCGUACCGUACUUGAGGCUCAAGAGACCCGGGGCCUUACACGCUCUGAGGACAUCAGCAGACUACUGCCCGCGGAGGCGGCUCUGCUGGCUCGGGGGCGGCAGGUCCGCCAGGCCAAGCUGCUGUUCUACGCCCGCCUGGCCGAGAAGGCUCUCCAGACCUACGAGCGGGACGGCUGGGGGGAGUACCCCACGCAGGUGGAGCCGGAGCGGCGGGAGAUAAGGCCCACUGCGGACCGGGGACCCAUCCUGUUGUGUGUGGACACGUCGGGCUCUAUGCGGGGAGCCAGGGAGACGGUGGCCAAGGCUCUCGCCCUGGAGUGCAUGCGAGCUGCCCGGCAGCAGGAGCGGGGCUGCUACGUGUUCGCCUUCUCCGGACCGCAGGAGGUUCGGGAGCUGGAGCUCAACAUGGACGCAGCCUCCCUGGACAAUCUGCUGGGAUUCCUGGAAAAGGCGAACGGCGAGCUCCGGCAGCCCGCCCCUGCCAUCAUGCGCAAGCUAGCCGGCGCUAAGGAGGGUCUGGGACUGCGGGUGCACGGGCUGGUGGUGGGGUCGCCGGAGAAGAAGAGGGCGGACCCCGCAGUGCUCAGAGCGCUGUGCACCAACUACCUGCCCAACGGAAAAGUGGAGGUCCUUGUUAGCACGUUUGAGGACUGGGCGUCCGUGCAGGCCGAGUCUGCCUUUCAGCUGGACUGGGACGACGUUGAGGGCAACUCGCGGCGCCGACUCGCCAACCUGGCUCACGAGAAGAGGCGGCAGGAGGAGGCUCGCCGCAAGAAGUCUGAGGCCAAGAGGGACAUCUCCCGAACCGGAGUACUGCCCACAGUGGGGUCGAGGUGA